AUGGAUUCGAGUCGCGACCGCGUCGGACAUUUGCCCACCGAUCCAGAUCGAGUGGUGACCAUGUAUGGCGAACUGGGAAACAAACUUGUGCAACAUGCAAAGCGCACACAGUCCCUCGCCCACCUACCGCCCUAUCAGACCGAGAUCGUGCGCGCCGUAACCCGCGAAGUACGAGACUUGGAGCGAGACGUGACACGAAUCCUCCAUCCCUAUGAGGGUGCUUUCAAUCCCUCAGCCGACCCUGCCACCGCAUGCACCCUCCUCGUCGACCACCUCUGCAUGCGCCGCAACAAACGCUGCCUCCUCGCAUACCACCGAGUACGGACCGAAAAACUAGAGGAGCUGUGUUGGAACGGAGUGGACAUUCUCGAGCAGCAGCAGCCGAGUGAAGGAGGAGAUGGGCCUUCUCAAGGACCGGGCGGGCACAGCUCGCUCAGCCCCGAAGAAGAGGAAUACUUCCGGCAGUAUGGCGACCUGCUGGCUGCGUACAAGGGUCAAUGGACGGACAUCGAUCUGACAGGCAGUCUUGAGCCGCCAAACGACCUCUUCAUCGACGUGCGUGUGCUAAAGGACGCGGGGGAGAUCCAGACGGAGUAUGGUGUCAUCAAUUUGACUAAGAACAGCCAGCUCUAUGUUCGGCAGGGCGAUGUCGAGCGGCUGAUUGGACAGGGCUUCCUGGAGCGCUUGACUUGA